CAUCCGAACAUCAGAGCAGCAUCGUCGCGGAUUGGAGCAACCAACAGGAAGGCAAUUUCAAGACGAUGGCACUGAAGCUGGACGAAUUACGAACGCCACGCAUAGAUUUUGGAAAGGGCAUUGAACUGUCGUUCGAUCUGGAGGAAUAUACGGACGAACCGGCUAAGCAAAAAGCGGCGAAGGAGUUGCGCGAAACACCGGAGAUUGUUUUGGCGUCCAUCAAGGAGCUUCGUGAGCUGAUUUGCGCCGAGAAAGAGUUACUGGUGCCGAUCGAUGAGGCUGCUUUUCUGAAGCGAUUCUUGCGCCCCAAAAAGUACUAUGCGGACAGCACGUUCGAGAUGAUGAAAGCAUACUACAAACUGAAACAGAAGGAGGAUUCUAUCUUGAGGGGAUUAUCCACCGAACUGCUUGCUGAUGUAUUUACGGACCGGUUGGUGCAGAUAUUGCCAAAACGAGAUCAGCAUGGCCGUAGAAUUAUGUACAUGGAAAUGGGAGGAAAAUGGAACUGUUCGAAGAUAUCGUCGUUGAAGCUAAUUCGCGCAACAAACAUGUUGAUGGAGGCGAUCGGUCGUGAACCACGGACACAGUUACACGGUAUAGUGUUCAUCGUCAACUUUGACAAUCUGUCGUUCUCGCAUAUCGGACAAUUUUCGCCCAAAUUCGUCAAAACAAUUGUCGACUAUGGUCAACGGAACUCACCGUAUCGUGUCAAAGGUAUUCACAUCGUCAACAAUGCACGGAUGUUCAACUUUCUGUUCAAAGUGUUCAAACCAUUCUUGGGCAAGAAGUGGAGCCAGCGGAUAUUCCUGCACGCAGCCGACAAACAGUCGCUGCACCAACACAUUGAUCCAGCAUCGUUGCCCUCGUUCUUGGGUGGAAACUAUGAGCUGCCAGAGUACGAUGGAUCAAUCGUUGGUCAGUUGUUGGAUUGCUACAAAGACAAAUCGGAAGAAUCAAGCAAAUACGGUUAUACCGUACAGGAGAAAUGAACGCAACAAUUGCAGCCCCAUCGCCGAUGUGGAACAUUUUCUCCCCAGCAACAUAAGAAUAUGUUUAAGUUGAUAAAAUAAAUUGCUUGUGAAUCGUGUAUAAGAUAGUAAUGACUUCGUAUUGUUCUGAUGCUUUCGAUUUUACGUAUUGAUUUCGUUUUGUUUAAUGUAAUCUAUAAUCCUAUCAAUAACAUUGGUUGUAUGAUAUCCCCUGUAUGCGC